UGUUCUGGAAGACUAGGUUGAUGUUGAUGAUAGCUAGAAAACAUAUUCCCUUGGCCCCCUUCCACCUCCAUAUAAAUAUACAUCAUCAUCCUCCAUAAAAUUUUCACGGGAAACUUUUUCCCUACGCUUUUGCUCCAAUAGUGUUACCUUAACUCCUAUAUAAUACAUAUAUAUAUAUAUAUAUAUAUAGCUGUUUGAUGAGUAUAUCUAACUUGCAUGAGGGACUAUUUGAUUAGAAAUGGGAUUCAAGGAGGCUAUAAUUCGAAGCUAUGACAGAGAAGCUGAUAGAGCUCGAGUGGAAGAUCUUGAACGAAGAAGCGAAGUAGGUCCAGCUGAGAGAUUGUUUCUCUUCACCGAUACUCUCGGUGACCCCAUUUGUAGGAUUCGAAACAGUCCCAUGUACAACAUGCUGGUAGCAGAAUUGAAUAGCGAGUUAGUCGGUGUCAUCCAAGGCUCAAUAAAAGCUGUGACGGUUCAUCAUCAUAACCCACCAAAAGAUGUAGCCAAAGUGGGCUACAUCUUAGGCCUGAGGGUUGCACCACUCCAUCGAAGAAAAGGUAUCGGUUCGAGCCUCGUCUGCGCAAUGGAACAAUGGUUCCUAGCCCACGAAGUCGAAUAUUCGUACAUGGCUACCGACAAACACAACGAGGCUUCGGUCAAGCUCUUCGUCCACAAACUCGGCUACCACAAGUUCAGGACACCGUCCAUCCUCGUCAACGCGGUCAGAUACAAUCGCUCAUCGCAUAUUUCAUCGAAUGUCGAAAUAGCGAAGCUGAAACUGGAAGAGUCCGAAGCCAUAUACAGAAAAUUAAUGGAUAAAAUGGAGUUUUUCCCUCAAGAUAUAGACCAAAUACUUAGAAACAAGCUGAGUUUGGGGACUUGGGUUGCUUAUCAAAGAGGAAAAUCAUGGUCUGAAGGCCAAGUUCCUGAUAGCUGGGCCAUGGUUAGUGUAUGGAAUAGCGGUGAGCUUUUCAAGCUGAGGCUAGGUGAUGCACCUUUGUCUUGUUUAAUGUACACAAAAAGUUCGAGAUUGAUUGAUAGAUAUUUGCCUUGCUUCGGAUUAGUUCCGUCGAUACCGGAUUUCUUCGAGCCGUUUGGAUUCUACUUCAUGUAUGGAAUACACCAUGAAGGUCCAUUAUCAGGGAAGCUCGUGAGGAGUUUGUGCAAUUUUGUGCAUAACAUGGCUAAAGAGACUACUGGAGAUUGUAAGGUUGUAGUAACAGAGAUUGGAGAUCACCAACACAUUUUGAGACAUCACAUCCCACACUGGAAAUUGCUGUCCCCAGAAGAUUUGUGGUGUGUAAAAGCUUUGAAAAAUAAUGAUGCGAAAAACAACCUCUUUGAAUCGACAAAAACCCCACCAACAAGAGCUCUUUUUGUAGACCCAAGAGAAGUAUAAUAAAAAAAUAAAAUUAAUACUGACCCAGAAAAAAAUAAUAAUGACAAUAAUUUCUUUUGGUUACUAUCUUGAGCUUGAGAAGUUGAGAUCCAAUUAAAAGUUGAAUCAACGCCACAUCAUGUUAUUUUCUAUUUACUAUUUGAUAUAUAUAUAUAUAUAUAUAUGUUAUAUUAUAUUA